CUGAAAACUCGAAUCCUAAAAAUUGCUAAAGUCCGUUUGUCUUCUUCUUCUAUCCUUAAAGCUCUCUCUCUCCCUCUGAUAUAUAUUCAAAACUCCAUCGCCGAUCUUCUUCUUUUUUAAUUUAUAUAUUCCCAGAGUCCCAGUAGUAGAGAGUAGAUUAAGAUUCCCCGGAAAACGAAGCAAAGUGCAUGAGAGAGCAACAGUAUAUUUUUUUUUUCCUCCUUUAAGCUUUUCCUCCUUUCCAGUUCAAACUCUUUUGGAUUAUUUAUUUAAAAUCACUCUUGAAAUUUUCAAAAGGACUCUUUCUAAUUUAUAUAAAAAAAGAAAGGCUUGUGAAUUCAUUCUCACCGGAGAACCAAUUUGCCCCCAAAAAAAUUCCCCUUUCUUCGAAGUUCAGUUGCGGUUAAAACAAGCAAAAACCCUAGAGAAGCUUAGUCUUCGUCGGAGAAGAAAGACAAAACUCCGAUGAGGACAAGCGGUGACGUUUUCGGAGCAGAUGCUGUUUCAACAAGACCUGACGAAGACAAAGUCUUUAAGGAGGAGCUCAAUGAUUCUUCUUCGAGCCCGUUGAGACAUCGCCAAGACGAUUCUAAUUCACGACCUGGGGGUUCUCAGAGACUCGUCAAGGAAGAGACUGAUUCUGAUUCUUCUUCUAAGAACACGACCACCACCACCCCAAGAAACAAACCUAUUCACUACACAGAUCAACAACAAGCUGAGCUUCUCAGGAAACUUGAUUCUAUUAAAGAUCAUCUUCUCCGCGGUGGAGCUAAUGCUAAUGCCAAUGCUAAUGUGGUUGAUCAGCCACCACCAAUGGGUUUCCAUCCUUCUUACUACCAUCCAUAUCCAUCUUAUGGAAUGUAUCCUCCUCCCACGACUCAUGUUCCACCGUCGCCUUAUAUAGACCCUUAUGCAUUCCCUAUCCAUAUGAAACCUCAAAACUUUUAUCCUCAUUACCCGAAUCAGAUGCUGCCUCGUCCUCCAUAUCCUCCUCCUCCUCAAGGUCAGUAUGUAGAUAUUGGUCCUGAUCUGUUUGACCCACAGUUACAGGAUCCUAGAUUCUUGCCUGCUACACCUAGUAGGUACGGUGAUGUCCCAUAUAGCCCUGUUGUGCACCACCACAAUGACAAUAUGGCUACUUUUAGUCCACAUGCUGGUGUUCAUCACACGAGGUGGCCUAGUGAAAUUGAUUCUGAUUCUGGUAGUGGUGCUGCCUUUGCUCGUGGGUAUGUCCAGAAAGCUGUCUCAGAUUCUGAUUCUCGUCGUUGCCAUCCUUUAGCUGGCGGUGCGCCUUUUAUUGCUUGUCACAAUUGCUUUGAGCUUCUCUAUUUGCCUAAGAAGAAGCUUCUUGGUCAAGAUAGGCAACAAAAGCUGCAAUGUGGUGCUUGUUCUGAGGUUAUCAGUUUCAAAGUUGUUGAUAACAAGCUUGUUUUCUCCUCUUCUGCCCUUGAUGAUACAAGGGCAGCAACCGCAGGGGUAGAUGAUUAUCCACUUAAGGAUGAUGAACCAAGAAUACACCAGGAAAUGAAAAGUGUCCAUGCUGUAUCGCCUAGUGAACACUCAGACGAUGAAGAAAGAGCAAGCAUUUCUAGUGAACCCCAGAAAGAGGUUGUCAAGUCUGUUCGCCGCAGGGCACAAGGCGCUAAAGUUCCUCCUCCACCUCCUCCUGAAAAUUCUAAUCUUCUUGAGCUCUUUGAGUAUUCUAAUGUAAACAGAGCUGCAAUCACUUACGGAAUGGCCCAGUUAGGGUACAAUAAGCAAGAAUCCUACGCCAAACAAGACUCGCUGAAACCAGAAUCAGUAGCUACCGAGACUGAUGUUUCUUAUAAUGAGUACUAUAAUAACACUGGGGUGUCUGAAGAUUCAAGUAUCACAAAAAACAGCAAAGAAGAGAGCAGACCAAGAAACAGAAAACAGAGUAGUGAGUACGGUUUCCCAGAUAAAAUCAUCUCUAACGACCAAGACAACGAGCAGUUAGAGGUUUGGGUGAAUGGUCAUCUGAUACCGGAAGAUCUGGUUAUCAGUGCUGAGAAACAAGCUGGACCAGUUCAAGCUGGCAAGUACUGGUAUGAUUAUCGUGCUGGGUUCUGGGGAGUGAUGGGAAACCCGUGUCUCGGUAUAAUUCCACCAUUCAUCGAAGAGUUUAGUCGUCCAAUGCCAGAUAACUGCGGUGCAGGAAACACGAGCGUGUUUGUAAACGGAAGAGAGCUUCACGAAAGAGAUCUUGAGUUACUUUCAGGGAGAGGUCUUCCUCGAGGCAAGAACCGUGCUUACAUUGUUGAUAUAUCAGGAAGAGUUCUUGAUGGAGACUCUGGUGAAGAACUUAAGAGUCUUGGCAGAUUAGCUCCAACGAUUGACAAGGUUAAGCAUGGAUUUGGCAUGAGAGUUCCAAGAUCAUUAGUGUCAUGAAGCUUCUUCAUCAGCUUGAUUCAGCCUCUCUGGUGCCAAUCUUCGGUUACAGUGUAAAUUGUGCUUGUGAUAUAAAUAUAACACAUCAUUGCUUAUAUUCUCUAACCCAUAAGUUCUGUUCAGUUCUGUUUUUUGAGUUUAGUGUUCUAUCUUUGUUUUUGUUUUGGUGUUAAAGUUAAAGAUAAACAUGUGUAUUUUCUUUUGCUUCUUUUUUGUGAUCUGGUUGAUGUAAAUUGAUCUUUUUUUUUUUUAUUGUGGAUAAUCUUUUGGAAAUGUGACAGAAGAUAAUAUAGAUCUGUUCCAGGCUGUACCUGACCGUUUUCAAGGGAGACAGUGAAAUACAAAAUCAGCUAAUUCAAGUAAGACGGGUCCACGUAGUCGAGACUGAAGCCCAUUGAAUAAUUUAAUAAGUAUGGGCCUCGUGGUCGUGGUAGUGGUGUACCAUGCGUAGUUUAAUUAUUUCUUA